UUAUAUCAACGGCCUGACAAAAGAAAUAAUAUAUGUAACGGCCUUUGACUUGCGUAGGUUUGUUGUUUGAGGACAGUGUUAAAUACAUCAACUUUACUGAAGAAAUGGUGGAACAUUCUGGUGGUGAUGAUGUGAAUUGGAAUACAGAUGAUGAUGAACAUGAGAUCGAUAACUUCCAAUUUUCUCCAUCUUCUUCUCCUGUACAUUUUAUGUCUGAAACCUCAUAUGGACCUGCUGAGACAACGUCGCCAAACUUUAUUCAGAAGGGAAUCUCUGAUGAGGUGGUUGCUAGUUUUAUUGAGAUGGGAUUUUCAAGUGAAAUGAUAGCUAGAGCAAUAGAAGAAACCGGUGGAGGAAGUUCGGAACCUAGGAUGAUUCUUGAAACUCUCUUUAACUAUUCGGCAAGCACCGAAGCUAGUUCUUCGAAAGCUAAAGUUAUCGAUCACUUUAUUGGGAUGGGGUUUCCUGAGGAAAAUGUGAUAAAAGCUAUACAAGAAUACGGAGAUGAAAAUAUUGAUGAGAUCACGAAUGCACUUCUAACUUAUGCGGAGGUUGACAGACUAGGUGAAACAAAUGACGUGAACAUCAACACUAAUGAUGAUGAUGAUAAUCUCUAUUCCUUAUCAUCAGAUGAUGACGAGGAUGAACUAAACAACUCCUCCCAAGAAGAUAGUAUCUUGCAAGCGUUGAUCAAAAUGGACUAUUCGAGGGAAGAGGCUGCUAUAGCUAUAGAGAGAUGUGGAGAAGAUGCAAGUGUGGAAGAGGUAGUAGAUUUCAUUUGUGCUGCUCAGAUGGCACGGCAGUUCGAUGAGUUUUUCGCAGAACCUAAUAGAAAAGAGCCUAUGAAUAACAGCAAGAAGAGGCGAACAUACAAUGAGCCACAGAGAAGAGAGAGAAAGCCGAACACUGCCAUGGCCACUGACCAGCUCAUCUAUCUACCAAAGGAGAUGAUUGGGUUUGGUGUCCCUAAUAGACCUGGACUUAUGAUGAACAGACCAGUCCCAGUUCCGGAUAUUGCUUGUGGCCCGCCCUUCUUCUACUACGAGAACGUUGCCAUGGCACCAAAAGGUGUUUGGGCCACGAUCUCCAGCCACUUGUACGACAUCGUUCCUGAAUUCGUGGAUUCAAAGCAUUUUUGUGCCGCUGCGAGAAAGAGGGGGUAUAUUCACAACCUGCCAAUCCAUAAUCGGUUUCAAAUUCAGCCUCCACCGCACAAUACAAUCCAAGAAGCCUUACCCUUAACCAAGCGAUGGUGGCCUAGUUGGGAUGGGAGAACGAAGUUGAAUUGUCUGUUGACUUGUAUUGCCAGUGCUAAGCUCACAAACAGAAUACGCGAGGCUCUUGAGAAAUAUGAUGGAGAGCCACCUCUACAUGUGCAGAAACAAGUCAUGUACCAAUGCAAAAAAUGGAAUUUGGUUUGGGUAGGUAAGAACAAGCUUGCCCCGCUGGAGCCAGAUGAGAUGGAGAAGCUUCUAGGCUUCCCGAGAGACCAUACUCGAGGUGGAGGGAUCAGCAGAACUGACCGCUACAAGUCUUUAGGCAACUCGUUUCAGGUUGAUACUGUUGCGUAUCACUUGUCUGUCCUUAAGCCUUUGUUUCCGAAUGGAAUAAAGGUUCUGUCACUCUUCACGGGGAUUGGUGGUGGAGAAGUUGCACUCCAUCGUCUCCAAAUUCGGAUGAAUGUAGUUGUGUCUGUUGAGAUUUCAGAAGCGAACAGAAACAUAUUGAGAAGCUUUUGGGAGCAGACGAAUCAAAAGGGUAUCCUGAGAGAGUUUAAAGAUGUUGAAAAGCUAGACGACCAUACGAUUGAGCAGCUUAUGGACGAGUACGGAGGAUUCGAUUUGGUCAUUGGAGGAAGUCCGUGUAACAAUCUCGCCGGAGGGAAUCGCCAUAGUCGGGUCGGUCUUGAAGGAGCGCACUCCUCACUCUUCUUUGAUUAUUGUCGGAUUCUCGACACACAGCAGCAACACAUGAACUCGUGCAAAUCCAUUAUCCGUGCCUCAGUCUCUUCAUUUCCAUUCGUUCCUCUUCCAAACCCUAAUUCCUCUAUCACCUUUAUCAUCCCAGUUCGCGCUUUUUCUCCUCUCUCCGUCCUCCAUCCAAAUCCAUCAUGCAUUGGAACAGCUCGACGCACAUUUCAUGGAGCUGCGGCUCUUUCACCGGAAAGCUUAACGGAAGAUUCUCCCAAGGAUACUGUGAAGGAAUUGCUAACAACCAAUCGUGGUGACGCCUCAAGCAUGAUGAAGAUGGAGCGGAGGUGUAGCUUAAGCGAUGGUGAAGGUGAUUGUAGAGGAUCUUGGUUUCCUUACGAGGAUAGGUUCAGGUGUGGUGAGGUGCAUCUUAGCAGCCGUGAGGUGUUGGAGGCGGUGACUCCUCAUAUGAUGGAAGAGAGGACAGAUAGGUUCAGGCGUGUGGUGGAUAAUCGAAGCUUCUCGGUGUGUCUUGUGGUUGAAGGUCUCUCUGAUUUUGGAAACAUUUCUGCUGCGUUCCGCUCGGCGGAUGCGUUAGGGAUUCAAUCUGUGCAUGUUGUUUCCUGUGACAGCUCCAAAAGGUAUAACGGAAAUCGCCAUGUGAGUAUGGGAGCUGAGAAAUGGCUGGACAUUGAGUUUUGGGACACACCUAAAGAAUGUUUCGAAGUUCUGAAGUCUCGAGGUUACAGAAUUGCCACAACUCAUUUGGGAAUGGAUACGGUUUCCAUUUACGAUAUGGACUGGUCAUGCCCAACAGCAAUAGUUGUUGGAAACGAGGGCAGGGGAAUAAGUGACGAAGCGUUGGAGUUAUCAGAUCUGCGUUGCAGUAUUCCGAUGAAUGGAAUGGUUGAUUCGUUCAAUGUCUCAGUGGCUGCAGGGAUUCUGAUGCACCACGCAGUGUCUGACAGAACCACUCGUCUGGGAAGUCAUGGAGAUCUGUCGGAAGCAGAGAAAGAGAUAUUGAUGGCUGAGUUCUCACUUCGUCACAGUAGAAGCUCAAUUAGCAUUGCUUACGAGUUCGCUAAACGUAAACAACACUCUUCUUCCUUCUAAUUUUGAAAUAGUUCUCUUAUUCUUGCUGUUUUGCGUGUUAUAUGCUUCGAAUGAUUGCUUUGAUCCAUAAUAUAAAAAAAAACUUUUU